AUGGAUAAUUUCUCGAGAUAUAGAAAAAACCAGAAACAAAAAGAGGAUGAUGAAAAUGAAGGCUUGUUAGUUUUUGGAUAUACAUGCCGUAUCUACCCUGAUUCCGAAAGAGCUAACUCAAUAGCUGAAGAGAGACAUUUACAAAAUUGGAAUGGGGAUUCUGAUAUAAGAAUAGAUAGGUACGAUGUCCGACUCCUCUUAACGUCUUUCAAUGAAAACGUUUCCAAUGAAACUGAAAUAUGUCCGACAGAAGAAAUGGAGGAACAAAUGUGUGAUGAAGAGAGAUACUUGGACAUGUACACGGAUUUGAAAGCUAAAGCUGAUAAAGAAGAAGAAGAGAAAAAGAGAAAAACCGAAAUUGGAUUCGAUUAUGGAACUUCUGUAGUUAAUGGAAGACCCACUGAUGAUAACAGUGACAGUGAGGAUGAGCCCUUCGUGCCUCCUCCAGGCAUUAAGUUGCCGGUCGGCCUCACACUGCCUGAAAAUCAAAAACAAAAUCAUUUAAUCGAAAAAACGGCGGUUUUUGUUGUUGCCCAAGGACCUCAAAUGGAGAUCGUAAUCAAAGCAAAACAGAGAAACAAUACAGAGCAGUUCGGCUUCCUGGACUUUGAUAACACUCUGAAUCCUUAUUACAAAUACAUCUCAAAACUGAUCAGAGAGAAGAAAUACACUCCAGAAAUCACAAAGAACAAAGGUGUAACUGACCAGGAUAGGCCGCCAACUCCUGAACAAAGAAUAAAGCCCACCGGAGCUUUGGCAGCUAUUGCUAUAGACCAUGGUUCCGAUGAAUCUGAUUCUGAUUGUGAACUUCAUCCCUCUCUUCUAUCAAAGAACAGAUCUCCGAGCCCGGACAUUAUGGAAAGAACAUCUAUCGGUCCUAUGCGAAAGCCGGCAUCACCUCCACCUCAGCCAGUUUCCGUCAUAAGAAGCGACUACGAUAUGUCCAAGAGUAAUGAUUCAUACGCUUCACUCUUCAAAAGUCUGUCAAACAUCAAAGCAGGAAAGGAUGAAGAAAAAAUAAAAGAAGAAAAACGCAAUCAGGAACUGAAAGGAUUAAUAUUAGCAACAAGUGGAUUUCCACCCGAUGAAGAAUGGAGAAGUUGGUGGGCCACCUUUUAUGGAUAUGAGUGUCCUAUGAAAGCUCCUUGUCCUCUCAUUCCUCCUCCUCCUGAUUUGGAGCCUGUCGUGAACAAUUAUGCUUGCUUCGUUGCCCGACAUGGAGCCACUACAGAAGCAGCUCUCCGAACAAGAGCUGACCUUCAACUGAACUUCAUGAAUCCUAAUAACCCUCAUUUCUCGUAUUAUCAGCAUAAAGUGCGUUUCACGCAGUGGGAAAUGAAUCAAAUGGCGGGUCAUAUAAGCAACCCUCCGGUACCCGUUUACAACUAUCCUACGUUACUAGAUAACGCGGGAACAUCGGAACCAUCUUCACCUGGACCUGAAGCUUCUCUGAACAGGAAACAAAGAAGGCGUCUCCAGGAUGCUUCAAUUGUGGGUGUAGCCCCUCCACCUGGGGUUAUUGACCCUAUUCUUCUUAGAAACAAUUUGGAGAUGAACAAAUCACAAUCGUCCCCAUCAUUACAAUGGAAUUCACUCGAGACUGAUUCUAGUGAGAUUGGCGCUCAACCAUAUACACCCACUGGCUCCAUAUCGUUUUCUAUCCAACCUAUCAAAGAAGAAACCAAAAAGCCUUCGAUUGAUCUGGAUGAUCCUUUAGAAGCUAUGGUUCAAGAUGACUUUCUCCCCUCAACUUCUACUGAGCCUUCAUUACCCUUAGCACCUGUAAUUCUCAACAAUACUCAAUUGGAUAGAAAAGAGAAAGCUCGAAUAUUUAUGGAGAAACUUAUGAAUGAGAAGAGGGCCAAGAAACUGCAGGAGGCUGAAAGCGCUCGGAUUCAGGAAUUAGAGAGAAAGAAACUGGAACUUGAAAAAGAGCUUCAAAGAGAAGAGAGUACUGAAGAGAUCAAGGUUUAUGAAGCCACUUCAGAUAAUGACGAUGAGCAGCGAAAAGCAACAACUCAAGAGCCUGUAAGGCCAUCUCUUCACAUGAUUGAUGAACUAAUUAAUAAGCGAAUCGACAAUCUUUUGGAAUCGAACGGUCUAUCAUAUAUCGCGACUUCAUCUAAAAUUCCAGCAGAGUCUGAUAAUGAUGAUCGGAAGAGAAAAGAGAAAAAAGAGAAAAAGAAGAAAUCAAAACAUCGAUAUGAACGAAGGAGAAGCAGAAGUCGUUCAAAGGAACGUUCGAAAGAAAGCAAGCGAAGAAGACGAAGCUCCAGUUCUGAUAGAGAUUCUCGAAGAAAGAUUCGAUGA